AUGAUUGCUCUCAACAUCGUCUUGCUAUUACUUUCAAUCCUCCGUUUCACAGCCGCAGAUCGCCUGGGGAUCGUCGUCGCCCGCUUCAAAGAACCCCUCGAACCGUGGUCUGCGGUCGCAAACAGCACCUAUGUCUACGCCAAAGGCAACGUCCCGCAAACAAACGAUACGGUCAAGCACUCCGAAUUCCGUUCCUACAUCCCUCUUCGCAAUAUCGGACGUGAAGGGCAUACCCACCUCUACCACAUCGCCAAUAACUACGACACGCUCGACGAAGUCAUGAUCUUCUCACAAGGAGACCCGUUCGACCUCAUUUCACCCGCUGUCAACACUACCUCGCAGAUGGUCGACAAGGCGAUGAAACUACCAAUCGACGACGUCACGCCGUUCAACCCGACGCUCUUUCACGACCUCGCCGACUGGAGAAAGAUUGACUGGAAUAGCUCGAAGCAGUCGCUGUGGAUUACGCCGAAUCAAAUCAAGACGUUGACGCCAGCUCGGUACACGCCGGCGCAGUUCUGGACGAGGGUUCUAGGCGGACGGCACCCGCCUGCAAUACGCGCGAUGCACGGCGGGACUUUUGCUGUGAGGCGCGAGACGAUAUGGAGUCUACCGAGGACGGUGUACACCAACGCUCUGAACGAGUUCGACAGGGCGAAUUCGACCAACCCUGAAAUUGGGUUCUUCAUGGAGAGGAUGUGGGCGCCGAUGCUGUCUCGGAAGUACCGGUUGAGAUCUGUGCAGAUUCCAUGA